AUGGGAGAGUCAGUACCAGGCAGCGCUCGGUCCCAGCGCAGUACCGGGGGUUCCUUUCCUCAUCCCGGCCUCCGGGAGUGGGGACAGGAACCCCCGCACCAUGCCAUGCCGUGCCAUGCUGUACCAAUGCCAUGCCAGGCUGCUUGUGUGCCAGCGGCCAGCAGUCGGACACAGGACCUGUGCUGGGCCAAUGCCCGGAGCCAGAGAAAGGAAGUGGGACAGGAGAAGUGGAAAGCGGAAUGCACUGACACGAAGGGACGAGGCGAGGGGACAGCCCUGUCCCCAGGUGUAAUUGUCUUCUGGCUUGGGCCUGUGUUUGGAGUUCGCAGGAAACCUGGUGGGCAUUGCUGCCUGCUCCUGGUACUGGAGGAAGGGAUUGGCACAGCCCCAUAGCCAGAGAAAUCCCAUGUCAGGAGGGAGCAUAUGGGGCACAGAGAGACUGGCUACCUCCAGGUUGCAGGCAAGCUCAGGGACAUGCCCAGUCCCAUUACCCAUGGGGGUCUCUGGACACCGUGCUCAGUGCUUUCACUGCAGGGCAGGAUGGGUGUAGCAGCAGUGCCAGCAGUGUCUGCCUGUGUGCUGCUGGCCCUGGCCCUUCUGCCCACAGCUGGUGGCCAGACCAGCCCUCCUUCUGGCUGCAGCAAGGACCUCUCCUCCCUCUACUACAACCUCUGCGACCUCACAGCAGCCUGGGGCAUCGUGGUGGAGGCUGUGGCCAGCCUUGGCGUGGUCACCACCUUCGUGCUUACCAUUGUCCUGGUGGCCAGCCUGCCCUUCGUGCAGGAAUCUCAGAAGAAGAGCCUGGUGGCCACGCAGGUCUUCUUUCUUCUGGGCACCUUCGGGCUCUUCUGCCUGACGUUUGACUUCAUCGUGGGGCCGGAUUUCUCCACCUGCACCUCCCGCCGCUUCCUCUUUGGCGUCCUCUUCGCUAUCUGCUUCUCCUGCCUGCUGGCGCACGCCGUGGCCCUCAACUUCUUGGCACGGAGGAACCGGGGCCCACGUGGCUGGGUGACACUGGCAGUGGCUUUGCUUCUGGCCUUGGUGGAGAUCAUCAUCAAUGCCGAGUGGCUCAUCAUCACAGUGGUGCGGCAGGAGGGUGGCUCCCCGGACCCUUGCCAGCUGGCAGAUGCCGACUUCGUCAUGGCGCUUAUCUACGUCAUGUUCCUGCUGGUGGCCACCUUUGGCACCGCCUGGCCAGCCCUUUGCGGGCGCUACAGCCGCUGGCGCAAGCACGGCGCCUUCAUCCUGGCCACCACCAGUGUCUCCAUGGCCAUCUGGGUGGCAUGGACGGCCAUGUACCUCUACGGGAACCAGCGCGUGGGCGAGAAGCCUGGCUGGGAUGACCCCACGCUGGCCAUUGCGCUGGUCUCCAACGCUUGUGCCUUCCUCCUCCUCUAUGUCAUCCCCGAGGUGACGCACGUGACGCGGCAGAGCCCUGAGCAGGCCUUCGAGGAUGACAUCUACCCCACCCGAGGGGUGGGCUACGAGACCAUUCUCAAGGAGCAGAAGUCACAGAGCAUGUUCGUGGAGAACAAAGCCUUCUCCAUGGACGAGCCCUCCUUCGCCAAGAAGCCUGUGUCCCCAUACAGUGGUUACAAUGGGCAGCUGCUGACCAGUGUCUACCAGCCCACCGAAAUGGCACUGAUGCACAAGGGGCCGACUGAAGGUCCCUACGAUGUGAUCCUGCCCCGUGCCUCCACCUCCAGCCCAGCAGCUGGCAGUGCCAGCUCCACGCUGCGAGCCGAGGAUGCCUUUGCAGUGCAGGCCCGGCAUGCUGGCACCCAGAGGGAUGUCAGGAACUGCCAGGUGCAGUCCCCAUAUGGCAGGAACCGGUGGUGA